AUGCCAGGAUCUAAACAAAGAUUUACAUUGAUUUCAAUGAAAAAAAAGGACUGGCCAUACUCUUGUGGUUCACUCGCCAAACGGUGCCUUACCGUGUACGGAUGGAUGACUUUGCUGGCACCACUCACUCAUCACCAAUCAAUUGCUCGACUUGUUGAUACGAACACGGACUUCAAGUCAUGCAAAAGUCCACUCACGGAAGUCCAGAUCAAACCCCAAGUCACCAGUUUGCCUACAGUAGUUAGGUUUUCUGACUCUAUUUUGAGUCUUUGGUUACCUCGUUUGAAGGGGGAAGAGAAGGGCCUCACCGUCCCAUCCUUAGCCUGGCCCUUUUGUUUUUCUCGCUCAGAGCGUCACGGACAGGUGCCGGAGUAA